GUAGAAUUAGGGUGGGAAACGGUAUUUCUCCCUGUUCUUAAAGGCUUUUUUGGUUCCAAGUAAAAUAUACGUGAUGUGAAUGAAAGACAAACGGGCAGCUAGCUAGCUAUGGAUGAAACUGAAUUUCGACGCCUUCUGGAUCUUUUCCCCGUUGUUCGAUCUCGCGAUUACCAAGCUGAGUUGGAUACGUCAAGACAAUUAAUUUCGUUCUCAGCCCAAGAUGAGAAACUAAAUGAGUGGCAAGAUGCUUGGGACGAAGAAGAUAAAAAGCAGAUGGAGAGUCAAGGUGCAUUUUGGCAGAAGCUAAAACUGGCAGCUGGGAGGAAGGUAAGUGCUGCAGAUGCAGAAAAGUUUUGCCAGGCUUUUGAACAACUUCACAAGAAACUUGUCUAUGGACUAAAUUUGGAUGCUGCUAGGAGCUUUAUCAACUCAUCAAAAAGUUUGGAGGAAUAGCUUUUUCCUGUUCUUUCAGAUUUUCUGAACAAGGUUGCUGAUAUUUUUUCAGAUAUUGAAUUGCAAUAUUUGUCCAGUUUUGCUUUCCAUGAUUUUUAUUUGCUGAAGUAUAAUUACUGCAUGUCAAUCUCCCUAGGCAGGACAUCUCUAGAUCCCUUGUGCUUCCCAUUGUUAGUCUUGAAGCUAUUGAGGGGAUCUUGAAUCUUAUGGUUGAGAUGAAGUAGCAUUAUAAUCUUGUUUACUUGCCCAGUAAGAUCUUCAUACAAGUACACUUAGAUUCAAGAAUCCUUACAUAUGUAGUUAGGUUUCACUACAACCAUUUCUUUACCUUCAAUUUAUUUGAAAUUUGAAUAAAAGAAGCAAAUUGAAAAAAGCCUUGUUUGUUGCA